GUGACACGAGCUUGUGGUCCAUGUGCAGUGAAGUGUUGCUGCUGCGUCACUGCGGCGCAGCGUCCGUCGCGGCGCGCCUGGACAAGAAGCGCCAUACGGGGAUGCGACGCCUGAAGUUUAAAGAUGCGGCGCAAACCUGCGCAUCUUAAAAUGCUAGAAAAGAGCCUCAGCCGGGACACCGAGUCCCCCUGAUGCUUCAGCUGUUUCCUUCUGGCUGCCAUAACACACACACACACUGGCCUAUGCGUCAAACAGCCGUCUGUCACUCCACCUGCGUGAUCUGCGAGCCAGCUCGCAGGAUGAACUUCAAAAACGUGAGGGAGUACCUGGCUUGGCUCUACUACCAGUACCUACUCAUCACUGGCAUCUACGUCCUGGAACCAUGGGAAAAAUCUAUCUUCAACUCAGUUUUUUUCUCCGCCAUUGCGAUGGUGAUCUACACCUCGUACGUCUUUGUCCCCAUCCAUGUGCGCCUGGCUCUGGAGUUUUUUUCUGGUAUUUUUGGCGGUCAAAAUGAAAGCACCGUGGCACUCAUGAACUGAAAAAAAAAAAAACGGAGGAAAAUGACGGAAAGGAGACGUGUGUAAAUCGUUUCCUGUUUGAAUCUUUAGCUGCCAUGUUGUCUCAAGCCCCUCCCACCUGCAACAAAGUUAUCAAGUCUGCAAAAAAAAAAAAAGAUUUCACUGGAGUCGCCUGGAAAUCAGAGCCGUACUCACUUAUUUUUACGUCCCUCUGGCCUCACCCUGUGGUAUUACACAGCAGUACUUUAAUUUCACAUUCUGAUUGUGAGAUGUUUGCAUAUGUCCUGUAUGAGUGCAUACCUCCACCAGGUUUUGCAUGAUAGGGUCAUACUUGUGGGAUUUCAGUAGCAUGCUGGUUUUACUAUAAAAUAUCAUCAUUUCCUUUAUGCUGCUGAGCUGUUUUUAUUGUUAGUUUCAUACUGAAAUAGUUAACACUUUACAAUAAGAGUCCCUUUAUUAAUGUAACUAUAUGCAUUAUUGAAGGCAUAAUUUUUCAUAUUUUUAAAUAAUUUCCUUGAGCCAGUAUGUGCUUUAAUGACCCUUUUCAGGGUUAAUGAAGGCCCCCAGUCCCUGUCGCCCCCUGUGGUCAGAAUAUUCCACAUGCAACUUCAGGCUGGCGGGCUGGUCUGUUGGGAGCUGACAAACCUGGCACGUUUCCUGCACGUUUUAGAUCAUAAUUUAGUGAUGAAUCACCCCUGUAGACACUAAUGAAGCUCAGGGGGACAUUUCAGCUGUUAGAUUAAGGUGCUAAAAAGACAAAAACACAGUGAGGAGAUGAGUUUUGCUUUUGGUUCUAAAAACGAACACUAGGGGGUGCUAAAAGCAAGACAAAACUGCCUAGUUCCUCUUUAAAGUCUCCCCCUACCAGAGUCUUAAUCCACUCCCACUUCAUGUUUGAAAAAUGCAACAAAUGCUGCUGCCGGGCAGACCGAGAGGGCGGAGCCGCUAACAAAUACACACACACACAGGCUCACAACGACAUCAUGACAUCAUAAUGUACCAGCUAAUGUCUUAGUGUACCUCUCAGCCAAUAGCAAAGGCAGAUUUAUAUUCAAAUGCAGUGCAGAGUUUUAACCUGAAGGCGGCGCAACACUGACAGUUUUAGGAACCAUAUUUAAAAGGCAAGUCACCCCAAAUUAACUUUUUUUUUCUGAUAAACUAUAUAAAUGCGUGUCUAAUCGUGCUGCAGCCACGUGUAGUGAAUAGUUUAGCACUUUAGUGCAUUUUAGUUAAAAUUUUAAUUUUCUGCCUAAAACUGUCAGUGUUGUGCCGUUGUCAGGUGAAAACUCUGCACUGCAUUUGAAUUUAAAUCUGCCAUCGCUAUUGGCUAAGAGGUACCCUAGAACGUUAGCUGGUACCAUAUGAUGUCACAAUGUCGUUGUGAGCCUGUGUGUGUGUGUGUAUUUGUUAGCGGCUCCGCCCUCUCGGUCUGCUAGGCAACAGCAUUUGUUGCAUUUUUCAAACAGGAAGUGGGAGUGGAGUAGGAAUCUGGUAGGGGUGACUUGCUCUUUAAAUUUUUACUAGGAUGCGCUAAAGUUCCAAAUUAUUGCAGACAACCUCCCCAACCCUUUGUCCUAAAGGACACUUAAUAGUCAACAAUAAAAGUAACGUUAAUAAAGGGACCCUUUGUUUAUUGAUACCUAAUAAUGCACUAAAUGGGGCAGCAGUAGCUCAGGUGGUAGAGCGGGUUGCCUCAUGAUCGGAGGGUCAUGGGUUUGAUUCCAGCUCUCGCCAGGGGUAUCCUGCUGUUGUGUCCUUGGGCAAGACACUUCACCCAACUUGCCUGUGUUAGUGGUGGUCGGAGGGGCCGACGGCGCCAAAUGGCAGCCUCGCCUCUGUCAGACCUCCCCAGGGCGGCUGUGGCUACAAGUAGCUUACCAUCACUAGCAGUGUGUGAAUGUGAGAGUGUGUGAAAGCGUCUUUGGGGGUCUUGAAAAGCGCUAUAUAAGUUCAAUGUAUUAUUAUUAUUAAGUAACGUUAAUAAAAUGACUCUUAUUGUAAAGUGAAAUGUAUUGUGCUUCAUAACGUAAAGUGGUGAUACAAGGAUUUUUAUCUGUUUUCUAAAAAUGUUUUCAAAAUGCACUGAAAUUAUAACAACUUGGACAAAUGUUUGAAACUGUUAGCAACAUGUUUUAUUGCAUAAACACACCAUUCUCUGUGUUGGUUAUAAAACAAAGUGACACGUUCUGCUCAUCUGAAGGUCAGUUAUGUACAGGACGGAAAAACUGUCGUUAAAGAAAAAGUGUGAAAAAGAUAUUGUCGGAGUGUUCGGUGUUGCACAUCUGCAACAUCUGCAGUGAGAACGUUAGUUUUGUAGUGCUAUUUCUGACACCUAAUAUCCCGAUAUCUACGGUUUGGCAUGAAAAUCCACCGUUUUUAGUUGCCUUUAUGCACAGCGAAGACACCCGGUGCAAUAAUGCAUGUGCAACUGAGAGAGCAAACGGGAAAGCCUAUGCAAUGAAAGUUAAACGAUCACAGUCAAACCUCAGCUCUAGUUUGUUCUAAAUUACUGAUCAAAGUGAAAUAACAGCAUUGAUACAAGCCAAGCCGGCUCUUUUUCUACUUUUCUUUUAUCUUCUGGCAUGUCUGAGAGGUGUGGUCAGGACUGAGCGUGAGCAAAUAUUGAUAUAACCCACGCCUAAACUCGGCUUUAGUCGUUACAUGCUUGUUGUCUCAGAAUGUCAAAAUGUCAAACACAGCAAGAAAUGUGAUCAGUGACAAAAACAAAUGGAUCAAGACCACCCGUCUUCUCCAAACCGAGUUCAUCUACGGAGAAAAACCCAAAGGAAAAAGAGUUUUAGAGUAUUUUUAAUUAUUUAUGUUUGUAAUCAAGGGCUUACAGAUGCAACGUGACCUCGAAGUGAAUUUUUUUUACAUGAAGUUAUAUAUUUGUAUGCACUGGUAAAUGCUUGGCUGGUUACAAUGUCAGUUACCAAACUUUUUUUGUUUUUGUUUAUUCGUUUUCUCCUGUAGCCAUAAAUCCUACGCUGUUUGUUAUUUCAUGUGUUUCUCUGCCUUAAAAUGCUUUUUGUAUUGUUCUCUGUUUGUCUCAGGUCCCCACAACUUUUGAUACACACAUCUGACAUAUUUCCACAAUAAACACACACGAAAGCAACACCUUGAGUCACUAAUCACACAAUAAAGAGCUCCGAUAAUGCUCGGACAACAGCUCUCUUCCUCGUCUGUUCUUAUUUUUGCUUUUUGGAUGUUUUAAAGGUGUGGUUCACUAAAAAACAAAAACAAAUUUAAUGAUUAUUUCUGAUUGUAAUCAGUCACUCUGAGUUUGUCACGAACGACCAAGGCUUGAAGAUUUGAACCAAAAUAUUGAACCACAUGAAACAAAAUCACACAAUAAGAGGAAGAGCCGCAGAACCAGUUCUUCUGAGACGGAGCAGGAAUGAAUGAAUACCCCGGGUCUUUGUUUUCCAGACUGCGCCCACUUGGUAACCUGCCCACGGCCGCAGAGCUCUGAUGACCCGAGUCUGGCCGACGUCUUUGUCCAAUAGGUUUAACGUCACCGUGUGCACGAAGGCUAGGGAAAGACAAGAGGUUCCGAGUUUUUAUGUAGUAUUUGGGCCGUAUGUUUAUGGAAUAUGACCUGGAUGGUGAACACUGUUGCAGUCUAGCUGUGGAGAAGCUCUGGCAGGAAACCUGUGCUUACGAGUUGUAACUAAACACUUCUACCUUGUGGUUUUUUUUUUUUUCAGGAUAAUGGAAAACAAUGGGGCAACACCCAGUCGUAUCCCAAAUUCCUACUAAAAGCUAUCGUUCUCACCCCUCAUCCCUUUCUUCCUCCUCUCCUCACAUAAAAAAGAAACAUUUUCUGAAGCCAUCCCGUGUGCUGGGAGUUUUAUUUCCACCUUUAGGGCUUAUGAGGAGCAGUUCCGUUGACCUUGCAUGAGUCCGUCUGUGUCCCGUGAAGGAAUGUGCUGAAGCCUAUCUCGGGGAAAAGCAAGGUGUAAACAAAGGUAGCUGCAGACUCAAACGUGUUCACGACUCGCUGAGAUGGGACUGGUGUUUUGUUUCUGUUGUGUUUACAUGUGUUCUGUUACUGCUUUGCCCAGACGUUCAUAAACGUGCGUGUGGGGGAUGGGAAGACCAAGCGGCUGUUGACAGAGAGGAACGUGACACCAAGAGAAACACACAAACAUACCAACACUGCUGGUUUCAGUUCACCAGGAAACCCCAAAGGUGUUCAGAGAUUGAUAUUAUUGUUGGUGUCUGGAAACCUCGUCUCACAACGGCUCACACAACUCUACUACAAACAUGCCUUCGUUAAUAUGUGCUGCUUUUCCACAGGUCUGCGCCACUUAGUGAUAUUCUCUUCUGCUGCUGAACAACCAGAGCCCAAAGGUCACCAACAAACCUCCUUGGACACGUCCUUGUUUUUUUUAGGGUUUUGAGGUGCGUGACACUGAUAAUGCCUUCAUUCAGAACCUGUUAAAACCGCAAACCUUUAGUAACAUUUAACCCUCCCACUGUCCUAAUGGGUGUGACACCGCGAGGAAAGUUGACCAUUGAGCAGGGUUGAUGGUUUACCCCUUGGGUCCAUGUGGCAGGGAUGAGGAGUGAGCACCACCUCACUGCUCAAUGGUCAACUUUCCUCACGGGGUCACCUAUAAAAACAGU